AUGGUCUGGCUGGGGCCCCCUUUGCUGCUCCCCAUCCUCUUCCUGGCUUCUCAUGUUGGCGCGUCUGUGGACUUGACGCUGCUGGCCGACCUGCGCCUCACCGAGCCUCAGCGUUUCUUCCUGACCUGCGUGUCCGGGGAGGCCGGGGCGGGCAGGGGCUCAGACGCGUGGGGCGCCCCGCUGCUGCUGGAGAAGGACGACCGCAUCGUGCGCACACCCCGGCCCUGGCAGCCCCCACACCUGGCCCGCAACGGCUCGCACCAGGUCACGCUGCGCGGCUUCUCGCAGCCCUCCGACCUCGUGGGCGUCUUCUCCUGCGUGGGCGGCGCGGGCGCGCGGCGCACGCGGGUCGUCUACGUGCACAACAACCCCGGAGCCCACCUGCACCCGGACAAGGUCACACACACGGUGAACAAAGGCGACACAGCCCUGCUGGCCGCACGUGUGCGCAAGGAGAAGCAGAUGGAUGUGAUCUGGAAGAGCAACGGAUCCUACUUCUCUACCCUGGACUGGCAUGAGGCCCAGGAUGGGCAGUUCCUGCUGCGGUUCUCAGAUGUGCAGCCACCAUCGAGUGGCAUCUACAGUGCUACCUACCUGGAAGCCAGCCCACUGGGCAGUGCCUUCUUUCGGCUCAUCGUGCGGGGCUGUGAGGCUGGGCGCUGGGGACCAGGCUGUACCAAGGAAUGCCCAGGCUGCCUGCAUGGAGGUGUCUGCCAUGACCAGGACGGCGAGUGUGUGUGCCCCCCUGGAUUCACUGGGACCCGCUGUGAGCAGGCCUGCAGAGAGGGCCGUUUUGGGCAGAGCUGCCAAGAGCAGUGCCCAGGCACAUCAGGCUGCCGGGGCCUCACCUUCUGCCUCCCAGACCCCUAUGGCUGUUCUUGCGGGUCUGGCUGGAGAGGAAGCCAGUGCCAGGAAGCCUGUGCCCCUGGCCAUUUUGGGGCUGAUUGCCGCCUCCAGUGCCAGUGUCAGAAUGGCGGCACUUGUGACCGCUUCAGCGGCUGUGUCUGCCCCUCAGGGUGGCAUGGAGUGCACUGUGAGAAAUCAGACCGGAUCCCCCAGAUCCUUGAUGUGGCCUCAGAAUUGGAGUUCAACUUAGGGGCGAUGCCCCGAAUCAACUGUGCAGCCGCAGGGAACCCUUUCCCGGUCCGGGGCAGUGUGGAGCUCCGCAAGCCAGAUGGCACUGUCCUCCAGUCCACCAAGGCCAUUGUGGAGCCAGAUAGGACCACAGCCGAGUUCGAGGUGCCCCGCUUGACCCUUGGGGAUAGUGGGCUCUGGGAGUGCCGCGUGUCCACGUCUGGUGGCCAAGACAGCCAGCGCUUCAGGGUCAACGUCAAAGUGCCCCCAGUGGCCCAGACUGCUCCUCGGCUCCUGGCCAAGCAGAGCCGCCAGCUCGUGGUCUCCCCACUGGUCUCCUUCUCUGGGGACGGACCCAUUGCCUCUGUUCGCCUGCACUACCGGCCCCAGGACAGCACCAUGGACUGGUCAGCCAUUGUGGUGGACCCCAGUGAGAAUGUGACCUUAAUGAACCUGAGGCCGAAGACGGCAUACAGUGUCCGUGUGCAGCUGAGCCGGCCAGGGGACGGUGGGGAGGGGGCCUGGGGGCCUCCCACCCUCAUGACCACAGACUGUCCUGAGCCCUUGUUGCAGCCAUGGCUGGAGGGCUGGCAUGUGGAGGGCCCUAACCGCUUGCGAGUGAGCUGGUCCUUACCCUCGGUGCCUGGGCCACUUGUGGGCGAUGGUUUCCUGCUGCGCCUGUGGGACGGGGCACGGGGACAGGAGCGGCGGGAGAACGUCUCGUCCCCCCAGGCCCGCACCGCCCUGCUGACCGGACUCACACCUGGCACCCAUUACCAGCUGGAUGUGCAGCUCUACCACUGCACCCUCCUGGGCCCUGCCUCCCCCCCCGCACGCGUGCUUCUGCCCCCCAGCGGGCCCCCAGCCCCCCAACACCUCCAGGCUCAGGCCCUCUCAGACUCCGAGAUCCAGCUGACGUGGCAGCGCCCAGAGGCUCUGGCUGGGCCUAUAUCCAAGUACAUUGUGGAGGUGCAGGUGGCUGGGGGCUCCGGAGACCCACUGUGGAUGGAUGUGGACAGGCCUGAGGAGACAAGCACUGUCGUCCGUGGCCUCAAUGCCAGCACGCGCUACCUCUUCCGUGUGCGGGCCAGUGUCCAGGGACCCGGUGACUGGAGCGACAUGGUAGAAGAGUCCACCCUGGGCAACGGGCUGCAAAGUGAGGGCCCAGUCCAAGAGAUCCGGGCAGCUGAAGAGGGCCUGGAUAAACAGCUGGUCCUGGCUGCAGUGGGCUCGGUGUCUGCCACCUGCCUCACCAUCCUGGCUGCCCUCUUCACCCUGGUGUGCAUCCGCAGAAGCUGCCGGCAUCGCCGACGCACCUUCACCUACCAGUCAGGAUCGGGUGAGGAGACCAUCCUGCAGUUCAGCUCAGGCACCUUGACGCUGACCCGGCGACCAAAACCGCAGCCUGAGCCCCUGAGUUACCCGGUGCUGGAGUGGGAGGACAUCACCUUUGAGGACCUCAUCGGGGAGGGGAACUUCGGCCAGGUCAUCCGGGCCAUGAUCAAGAAGGAUGGGCUCAAGAUGAAUGCAGCCAUUAAGAUGCUGAAAGAGUAUGCCUCUGAAAAUGACCAUCGUGACUUUGCGGGAGAACUGGAAGUUCUGUGCAAAUUGGGGCAUCACCCCAACAUCAUCAACCUCUUGGGGGCCUGUGAGAACCGAGGUUAUUUGUAUAUCGCUAUUGAGUAUGCCCCUUACGGGAACCUGCUAGAUUUUCUCCGGAAGAGCCGGGUCCUGGAAACAGACCCAGCUUUUGCCAGAGAACAUGGAACAGCCUCCACCCUCAGCUCCCGGCAGCUGCUGCGUUUUGCCAGUGAUGCUGCCAAUGGCAUGCAGUACCUGAGUGAGAAGCAGUUCAUCCACAGGGACCUGGCUGCCCGAAAUGUGCUGGUUGGAGAGAACCUGGCCUCCAAGAUUGCAGACUUUGGCCUUUCUCGGGGCGAGGAGGUUUAUGUGAAGAAGACGAUGGGGCGUCUCCCCGUGCGCUGGAUGGCUAUUGAGUCUCUCAACUACAGCGUCUAUACCACCAAGAGUGACGUUUGGUCCUUUGGCGUCCUUCUCUGGGAGAUCGUGAGCCUUGGGGGCACACCCUACUGUGGCAUGACCUGUGCUGAACUCUAUGAGAAGCUGCCUCAGGGCUACCGCAUGGAGCAGCCUCGGAACUGUGAUGAUGAAGUAUACGAGCUGAUGCGUCAGUGCUGGCGGGACCGUCCAUAUGAGCGACCGCCCUUUGCCCAGAUCGCACUGCAGCUGGGCCGAAUGCUGGAAGCCAGGAAGGCCUAUGUGAACAUGUCGCUAUUUGAGAAUUUCACUUAUGCGGGCAUCGACGCUACAGCUGAGGAGGCCUGAGCUGCCGUCCAGCCAGAACCUGGCUCUGCUGGCCAGAGCAAACUCUACUCUCCAAUCUGUGACUUCUGAUCCUUGUAGCCUCUGACCUGAGCUGCCUCAAGGAAGUGUUUUUAACUUAUGGAAGAAA